AUGUACGACGAGCCACCAGGGACCGUGCAGGUCGAUGGUGUAGAUACUGGGGCUGGCCUGAAGACACCGCAGCGCACCGUCGUCAGUGAUGCGGUCCUCGACGAACACCGGCGAAUGGAGAAGAACAUCAAUCGACGUCGGGGGCCCGGUGAUGCUCAGUAUGGGCUUUUCCAAGGCGGCCGACAGGUGAUUCUGUUCAUGGUUCAGCAAUGCAUGGCUUUCCGAUAUAUCAUCAACGUGUUUGUGUCUGCGUUUGGUAAUAUCUUUGCUUACGCUCAGAUCAAUCUGAAAUCCUCGUAUGGUGUCGCCGAGAGUCGCUGGAUGUUCAUCAUUGAAGUUGCUAUCAUCAUUGGCUUUACUUUUAUUAGCAACGUAGUCGAGCAGGAGGAUACUCUCAAAGGAGCCAAAAUCCGACGAGGCCUUGUGGCUGCGGCCCCGGCACCGGUUGCCGCGCCUGCGCCCUAUGAUCGGCAUCUCCCUGCUCGCAAGGGCGAGCCGCCUACCAAACUAAUCCGCCGGAAUCUGGGCGUAGAUGUCGCCCAGCCCACUGGUACUGCCACUGGUACUGCCACUGGCACCGGAACAGCACCAGCUACGCCGCCUCUCAAGACGGGAUGGCCAACGUCUGCCAACACGGCGCCCAAACCUCAGGCUACAGGAACUGGAACCGCCUCCAAGGCCGCUCGUAUUAUCCCCACAGGCACCAGUCCCCUCGUCCUCGUCACCGGAACCGCCGGCACCAUAGCUUCAGCUGGGCCGACGCAGUCUGCGGCUACGAGUUCGUACAAUUUUCCAUCGCCAACCACGACCAAGGUGGGCAAGCAGGCUGCCGAGGCCUCGUCGGCCUUCUGGUGGCUACAGAACUAG